AUGGACGUGGUGGGCGAGGACGAGGCCCUGCAGCGGUUCUUUGAAGCUCAGGGGCCCAGUGGCACUCUGGGGAACCUGGCCCUGGAUACAAGUCUGCUGGAGGAGUUCUUGGGCAAUGAUUUUGAUUUGGGGGCCAUGCAACGCCGGCUCCCAGACACCCCACCCUAUUCCGCAUCAGACUCCUGCUCGCCUCCGCAGGUCAAAGGUGCAUGCUGCCCCACCGUGAGACCUGCAGCCCGGGGGACUCCGGCGACACUUCUCGACUCCGAAGCUGCACCUGCGACGCUGCCUGUGCACCCACCCCAGGGCUCGGCUGAGACGAGUGACCCUGGCAGUAUCCACAGUGGCUUCCACAACUGCUACCCAGACACCGGUCAUCUCACGACCCCCCUGGACCAGUCCGUGUCCGCCCAUCUGGGGAUGAGUUGUUCUUACCUGCAGCAGCCUCUGUGCUACAGCCCCAGAGCCUCAUUGCCACCAACCCAGAAGAGAAAGUGCCCACAGGCGCCGGAGGGCUCGGGGGACUGCCGGAUGUGUGCCCACCACUCCAGACCAAUGACGAGCAGGAGUCACAGGAGUGAAGGGCAAGACUGCAGCUGUGAGGGGCAGGAGGUGGUGCCUGAGGACCCGCGCUCUCUGGCUCUCAAGUGGCAGCCGUACCACAGUGUUCCUUGGCAUAGUUUAUUAAACGAUCAUUACGAAAAACUACCCGAUAUAGGCUACCGAGUUGUCACAGACAAAGGAUUUAAUUUCUCGCCAGCAGAUGAAGCUUUUGUUUGCCAAAAAAAGAACCAUUUUCAGCUAACCAUCCAUAUCCAAGUUUGGGGAAGUCCAAAAUUUGUCAAAACCCAAAUGGGCCUAAAGCCAAUAGAAAUGUUUUACUUGAAAGCUUUUGGGGUUAAGGUAGAAGCCACCAAUCAAAUAAUUGCUAUUGAACAGUCCCAGGCAGAUAGAAGCAAAAAGAUUUUCAAUCCUGUUAAAGUCGAAUUGCUGGCCGACCAGGUCACCAAAGUCACGCUGGGCCGGUUACACUUCAGCGAAACCACAGCGAAUAACAUGAGGAAGAAGGGAAAACCAAAUCCUGACCAGAGAUACUUCAUGUUGGUGGUUGGACUGUAUGCUGCUAACCAAGACCAGUUCUAUCUGUUGUCUGCCCACAUCUCUGAAAGGAUCAUUGUGAGGGCCUCUAACCCUGGGCAGUUUGAAAAUGACAGUGCUGCAUUGUGGCAGCGAGGACAAGCUCCAGAAGCUGUCGUCUGCCGUGGGCGAGUGGGAAUAAACACAGAGGCCCCAGAUGAAGCCCUGGUCGUCUGUGGCAACGCGAAAGUGAUGGGGACGAUUUUGCGUCCUUCCGACAGCCGCGCAAAGCAGAACGUGCAGGAGGUUGACACGAACGAACAGCUGAGGAGAAUAGCCCAGAUGAGGAUUGUCGAAUACGACUACAAACCUGAAUUCGCGUCUGCGAUGGGAAUAGACGCUGCCCAUCAAACAGGAAUGAUUGCCCAGGAGGUGCGAGAGAUCCUGCCUGGAGCCGUCAGAGAGGUUGGCACCGUCACCUGUGAAAACGGAGAGAGGCUGGAGAGCUUCCUCAUGGUCGAUAAGGACCAGAUCUUUAUGGAAAAUGUAGGUGCAGUGAAGCAGCUCUGCAAACUAACCAACAACCUUGAAGAAAGACUAGAAGAGCUAGAAAUUUGGAACAGAAAGCUGGCCAGGCUAAAGCAGCUGAGGGGUUCGAAGUCCUCAGCCAGUGAAGCAAGCUCCAUCAGCAAAUUUAGCAGAGCCGUUAGUGUGUCUUCUCCAAGAAGGGCCAUUCCCCCCAAAAACAGCAAGGUUUAUUUUUCAGGAGAAAAACAGUCGUGUCCUAACUGGGUUUUCCAGACCUUGGUUAUAAGUCUCAUUGCUGUGAUGGCAUUUUGCGCGUUGACGAUAGUCUGCCUUUACAUACUCAGCUUAAAAGGUCAAGACCAAGCUGCCCCCAAUCUCCCUCCGAGCAACACCACAGGCUCUCAGGAGCCAGCCCUGCCGCCCACAGCCUCCCCCUCAGCACCGAAUACAUCCCUGGCAACCACACAGUCCUCCUUCCACGUGCCAGAAAUCACUUUCUGUGAGAUCCUGCCGUGUCAGGAGACAUACUGCUGCCCCGUCUGGAGGCAGACAGGAGUCCUCACCAGUCCUGUGCAAAGACAGUCCAAGGAGGAGUUGGGUGAGAUGCCGUGGGCAGAAGACAGAAGCACGUCAUUCCUGGCAGGAGAUGCGCCAACCAGCCCCGACUGGGGGAGUGAUUGGAUUGAUACAACCAUCAGUUCUAUUCAGAUUAUGGAAAUCCAGCACGUAAUAGACCAUCGGUACUGCAGUACAGGCCUCCAGUGCAGGUCUGGAAAUUACAAUUACAAUAUUCCGGUUAAUAAGUACACACCCAGCAAUGUCAAAUUCUCUCUGGAAAUCAACACAACAGAGCCAUUGAUAGUCUUCCAGUGCAAACUGACCCUUGGAAAUAUAUGCUUCCAUAGUAAAACGGAAGCCAAAGGGAUACAGAGCCAGCAAGGCAUCUCCCAGGAGAUGACACAGGGGUAUCAGCACGUUUGGAGCCUCCCCGUAGCCCCCUUCUUUGAUAGUGCAUUCCAUUUCCGAGUGGCUGCACCGGAUUUAGCUGACUGUUCAACGGACCCUUACUUCGCUGGGAUCUUCUUCACAGAUUACUUCUUUUACUUCUAUCGACACUGUGUCUAAUUUAUUCAAGUUUGGUUGGGGACUUUCCCAAGAAAAGUACUCAGAAAUACGGUUGACGGAAACUUCUAUCCUCUCACAACUUCUC